AUGACAAGCGAUCACAAAAGCAAGUGGAAGUGCGCUUUAUGUCUGUGUCAGCAGCCGAAACAACAGAAUGAGAACACGCCGGUACGCACUGACAAUCACAACGUAACCUUGCGCCGCGCAAUGCCAAGUAAUCUGUCAGGAACCUCUAGCCGCCCUACGGAGACUAUAGAAAUGGACGUGUCCUUUUCAUCCAGCGAUGGAUUCGCCGUAGUGUCUCAGGAACAAAGUUUGGAAUCACCAUCUGAUUUUCGUGUAUUAGUGACUGAGAUACGGUUACUUAGACAGGAAAUACUAUCCAUGAAUAAUAAUAUACGGGAUCUCAAAACGGUUGUGAGCGAUCUCAGUUCAAAAUUGUGUGAGUGCGAUAAGCGCAUUGAUAACGUAUGUGCACGUGUUGAGGACCUGGAGUCUCGUAUCGGGACCCCUUGUGAUGGUGCCCUCGCAGAUACCGUGGCUCAGCUAAAAGCUGAACUCAAUGACCGUGAUCAAGAGAUGCUUCUUAAUCAAAUUGAGUUUACAGGCGUUCCAGAACAGAAAGGUGAAAACCCUGUAUCCACAACAAUGGUUCUGGCAAAGAAGAUAGGUGUUUCAUUGGCGGAGUGUGAUGUGGUGAGCGCCUUACGAGUGGGUCGUGUUAUAGUGGCAACAGAAACUGAACACUCAGUACGUCCUCGUCCGCUGGUGCUGACCUUGACUCGCCGUGCCGUGCGUGACCAGCUUCUCCAAGCUGCCCGCGUGCGACGUGCUGCUACAACAGAGGGAACGGGUAUGGCUGGGCCACCUACUCGUUUUUUUGUUAAUGAGAGACUUACCCGUCAAAAUCGUUACCUAUUUUUCAAAGCACGUGAACUGAAAUCACGAUUCAACUGGAGGUUUGUAUGGACCAAGCAAGGUAGAAUUUAUGUACGAGAAAACGCUGGACUGGACUCUCUUCCGUGUCGUAUCAGAACGGAAAAUGAUUUAAUUCGAGUUUUUGGAGUAUCUUCUGUUUGA